ACGAAGCCCGGACGGAGAUCGUUGCUUUAUUUACAUUUAAAUUUCGACGUUUUAACUCUAUUAUAAUAAAGUAAAGAUGGUUUAUCACUCGGUAGCGUUACCGCUGAUCUGUUUCACCACGCUGUGGGCUUUGGUCGGUGCUGUCGCUCCGUUUUUUGUGCCUAAAGGACCGAACAGAGGAGUUAUCAUUACCAGCCUGAUCCUGACAGCAGUCUGCUGCUAUCUAUUCUGGUUGAUAGCGUUCCUGGCUCAGUUGAACCCUCUGUUCGGACCACAGCUGAAGAACGAGACGAUCUGGUACCUGCGCUACUACUGGGAAUAAACUCAGGAUCCGCCGCUUGUGUGACGACUUCAUUCCCUCCUUCGUUUCCUGUCCAGUGAUGUGAUUGGACGUUUCCUCCGUGCACGAUGUUAAAACGAGGAUAUUUAUCUCAGAAUCAGAUGAUUUAUUUAUGUGCUGUGUUUGUGUGUAUAUAGAAAUCGUUGGGUUAGGAGGUGUUGUGCUGCUGUAGAUGAACUUGUGUGUGUAGUGAUGUUUUACAUUUCAGUUUAUGUUUACCUGGUAUCAUAUUUAUUUUAAUUUAUUACAUUAUUUAUUUGAUCAUGUGGUUUUAACAGGCUUAUGUGAAGUAUUCUACCUUGUUAUCGUAUUCUACAAACGUACUUUUAAGCUAUCGCAGCUUAUAGUGGUAUGUAUGUUAUGAGCAGAGACCGCCUGAGGACCAAUUGAGUAGGAACAUUUAAUGAGGCUGGUGGUUUGAUCUAUAAUAACAAAAAAAAAAACAUUCCAUCCCUUUGAACUGGUAUAAAAAAGGUUGAUGCAGACGUCUGCUUCAGAUCUCGUCUGUAUUUUCUACAUCUUGUCGUGACCACAUUGUUAUCCUGAUCCUGUUCCCCUUAAUAAAUCAUUCUGUUAACGACA